AUCGACUUACGUAUCCCUAGUAAGAGAUUGGCUACUUUGGACAUAUAUUGGAUACGGUGGACCAGCUUGAUCGUUUCCAUCUUACGGUGUGAAGCUGCAACCUUUGUCCAUUCAUAAUUGUCAUAAUUGUAGCUUACUUUCGCAAGUAAAGUUCAAUAAGGUGCAAAUAGUCGACUAAAUAUUGAUCGGAUGAAUAGCUGUGGUUCAUGAAUUUCUACUAACUGAGGGUAUAUCGUCUUUUCACUUCUUCAGUGAAAUUUGUCAAUAAAUUAAUUCCAGGAAUUAAAACUCGGGCAAAGUAUCACUACAAAUAUGACAGAGAUCAAACGCAUUGUACUUGUAAGUGGCAAGAGAAAGUGUGGAAAAGAUUUUAUAUCGGAACAUUUGAAAAGAAGACUAGGUGACCGGUGUCAAAUUGUUAGAAUAUCGGAACCAAUAAAAUCGGAAUGGGCAAGGAAAAUGCAGCUCGACCUAGCGGAGUUGCUUAGUGAUGGGCCAUAUAAAGAGAAAUACAGAAAAGACAUGAUCGAUUGGAGUGAUGAAGUUCGAAAACAGGAUUAUGGAUAUUUCUGCAAGACAGCGAUGGAGAAGGCCAAAUCCGAAAUUAUCAUUGUGAGUGAUGUACGUAGAAUGAAUGACGUUCGUUACUUCCGAGAAACAUAUGGAGAUAAAGUAGUUUGUUUGCGCCUCACAUGUCCCGACCCGGUAAGAAUUCAAAGAGGAUUUGUGUAUACAGCGGGUAUAGACGACAUUGAAUCUGAAUGUGGCCUAGAUAAUUAUAACAAAUGGGAUUUAGUUUUAGAAAAUAACAAUGCUUUGAACUUUGAUCAUCUAAUUGACAUAAUAAUACAAACAUUUGCAUUAUAAUAUUUUGGUACAGACAAAUUCUAUACAUUUGUAAAAUUUGUUCUGUUUGAAGUUCUUUAUAUCUACAUAAAAUGCAUUACCCAAUAGGUUACUUUUGGUUUUUUUUUAUUAAAUUUUGAGAAAAGAAUAGAAUUGUAAAUUGUAUCAGAAACCCCCAUUAGUUAAAAUUGUUAGUUACUGUGGUUCACGCGUACACUUUACCAUGGCCUCAGCUUUAUUAUUGCAAAAUGUAUACAAAAUCAAAUGUUUCUCUGACUACUUAAAGAAAAAUUAUUUAGCAUAACAAUAUUUAUAAGAUAUAAAAAUAGUGUAAAUAAAACUAAAAUACAUCUCUCAA